GAAACUGCAGAAAGCUGCAACUAGGACCUAAAGUAAAGUUCUGCAAGCGCAGAAGGCUGCUUCAACUGGCUUGCUCUGGCAUGAUGCUCCCUUCUGAUCGCUCGCGAGUGUAUUAUACACCUAGCGUAAACAGCGCAGCAAGAUGUUCAAGGAACUUUCUUCAAGGCAGCCUUCCAACAGGCCUGGCGAUCCUGGUCGUGUCCUGAGAGCGUAAAAUGAACUGUACAAGCAUUGGAUAUAUGUAGCAAGGCUCGGGGAGCACAGGGUCAACCUGUUGGAGUCUCAGCUUGAGAGUUCAAGCGAUUCUACGCGUCCAAAGGUGCUUCCUUUGAUACAAGCAGGUGUGCGACAAGCAAGUACAGAUUAUGGCUCGGCGAGACAAGCCUGUGAACAUGCCCAUGUGGCUACCCUUCACGGUAGACUCGUGGGACAGGGUCUCCUGUCAUGGCAAGCGCCACCACUUUCUAACCCACGCCCAUACAGAUCACAUGGCGGGGUUGGCCUCCUUCCGGACCGCAGACCGGACCAUCUACUGCUCUCGGACGACCAGGGAUCUGGUGGUGUGCCACUUUCCGCAGCUUGGGAAUGCCAAGUUCUGCUAUCUAGAGGUCGAUGGCGGCGAGAUGAUACUGGAAGAUGAAGACAAAGCGUUCAACAUAAGCGUUCGUGCGUUUGAUGCCAACCAUUGCCCCGGCGCCAUCAUGCUCCUGUUCUAUGUCGAGGACCAUGGGUAUGUGCUCCACACAGGGGACGCUCGGUUGGCAGAGGCCAGAGUGGUGCGGCCUGUCAAGGCCUUUCUGCGGAGGCGGCCGUUGGAGUGCCUGUUCAUGGACUGCACAUACGGCGACAAAGCAUACGGCUUCCCAACCAAAGAGGACGCGGUGCGUCAGGUGUGUGACGUCAUCGCACGUCACUCGGAGGACGGCCAGCAGGUGUUCUUGGCGUGCGACCAGCUGGGCAUGGAGGAGGUGCUCGAGGGCGUCUUUGCCAAGUUCGGCUGCGGCUUCUGGGUGGACCGCAGCAACGCGUCGGCGUCGGCACGAACCUGGUGGGACGAUCUGACGUUCAUGCACCCGGAGUGGUUGGUGAACGAAUCCAAGUCGACUCGCUUCCACUUGUGCGACGGCCGGGCCCUCGGCCGCCGUGCGGAAGAAGCCCAGCGCAAGGCCGUGGAGACCGGGGGGGAUCCCCCGGUGUUCAUCCGGCCGUCCUCCCAGUUCUUCGUGCACGGCGAGGACGUGCCCGGUGAUGCUGAGAAGGCCCGGGGAAUGGGCCUGCUGCCAGCAGUGCCUCCGGUGUGGCAGCAGCCCGUGGUCGCCCGGCAGGACCCGUUUGGCAUCUACCGAGUGCUCUUCUCGAUGCACUCAUCGAGGUCCGAGCUGAUGCGCGCCGUCGAGAUCCUGGCGCCCCGCCACGUGGUUCACUUCGUUGGCGAGAUGGGCACCGAGCUUCGCACAGUGGUCGGGAGAGUUAGCGGGGGAGGCUUAAGUAGCACUUGGCUUGGGCCCGUCCGGCGGGACCUGGCGCCCGGUAGAGUGCCCCGGGCGGACGAGGGGGAUCCCUCUGCUGACAGCGAGGAUGAAGCUGCCGAGGGGGGGUCGCUGAAAGGGAGCCCGAGUAAAAGUCGUGGGGACUCGUCAGGGAAUGAAAAGAUGGGGGCGGCCGGAGACGAAGCGGAGGGGAUGGUAACGAAAGGGGUUCUGGAAGGAACGCUUGGUCGGGAGGAUGUGGAUCCGACUCCCUCCCUCGAGAAGUGGGACGAGUUCGUGCCGGAAGCGCCGCCGUCCCCCCCCAUGAAUUUUGCGUCGUCGCAGGGGGGGGUGAUUUGGAGGGCGAGGAAGGGGGGGGGAGAAGGAAGCAGAAAAGACAAAGCGAAGGGUAGCCUUGCAAAAGAGAACAUUCCCCCUGAAUGUGACGGUUUGCCUGAUCAGUCAAAUUGCACGUCGGAGGUGGUUGAAGUCACGGGGCUUCCCCCGAGCGCAAGGCUGAAAGGUGGGAGUGCGGAGAUUCCGGGGGAGGCGAGCGACCGGGAACGGAAUGGAACGGAACGGAACGAUGGUUUGAGGGAAGCUGCUCUAGAAACGGAGGGAAGACGAAAAGUGGGGGACGGGAGAAGAGAGGCAGACAUUACGGACGGGGAAGACUCCUUCGGUCGGAAGCGGAAUCGCAGCGGCGCGUUCCGGGCAGGCCAGAGAGAGUGCGAAAGUCACGAUGCUAACGGCGGGAAAUCGGUAGACCAAGGGGCGAGUCAAAGUCAGUUGGUGCGCGAAGGCACUGCAACACUAGGUAGUGAUAGAUGUGCGUUGAAGAGGAAGGCGCCAACUGUGCGCAGCCCAGCGCGCGCGAUUCCCAAGAACGGGGCUAUCUAUCGUGCGUUUGAGCGGCAAGGAGUGGCACAGCCGAUUCCCCUCCCACACCAAAGGACCAGAAUCCGUUCAUACUAUUAGUGUGUAGCUUGUCGGAGCACCCGGACACUGACUCUCGAUCGGUGGAUGUCAUUCAACACUUGCACGCAAGAGGUAACCUCGACUCCCCCUGAUGUGGGUGAGAGUUCAUGUGCCAGUUACCUCAGACCCAAAAUAUCUGGGUUAUCAGGGACGUGAACAAUUUUCUGGACGAAUGCG